GGGUCGGUGCCCGGCCGCCAUGCCCAGCCCCCGGAGCAGCCCGUCCCGCCGCGCCGCGCCCAUCCCCAGCCCGUCCCGCCGCGCCGCGCCUGUCCCCAGCCCGUCCUGCGCGGCCGUGGCGCUGCGCUCCCUUCUGGCCGCCGACCUGCGGUUCUCCCGGCAGCUGGGCGUGUGCGCCGGGGAGCGCUCGGCCUGGGGCAGCGCCAGGCCCCUCCUGCGGCUCCUCGAGGUGUCCGGCCAUGGCGUGCCCUGGCUGGCGGGCACCCUGUAUGGGCUGGGCCGCAGCGAGAGCCCGGCGGGCCGCGAGGUGCUGCUCAACCUGCUCUUCGCUUUGUUGCUGGAUUUAGUCCUGGUGGCGGUGGUGAAAGGGCUCGUGAGGAGAAGACGUCCCACUCACAACAAGAUGGACAUGUUUGUCACUAUCUCAGUGGACAAAUAUUCCUUCCCAUCAGGCCAUGCUACCAGAGCUGCCAUGGUGUGCAGAUUUGUCCUGCACCACCUGGUGCUCGCCAUUCCUCUGCGGGUCCUGGUGGUUCUAUGGGCCAUCAUUGUGGGCAUCUCCAGAGUCAUGCUGGGCAGACACAACGUGACAGAUGUGGUCUUUGGUUUCAUCAUGGGCUACAUGCAGUACAAUGUGGUGAAAUACUUCUGGCUGUCACCCCUUAGUGCACCUGCUCUCUUUGCAGUGUGGAAUCAGUGAUGGCCAUCAUGAAAAGGAAGAGGCACACAUUGCAGUGUCUUAUGCUGCGUAGAGAGCUUGAACCGGGACUGGAUGAAAGAAUCAUCGUAAGCCUCAUCUGACAAGCAAGACUGACGAUAUCAGCAACAUCAUGCUUCGUUCUGUGGGAUAUGUGGACUCAGGUGGGACAAAACGAGAUCUGUUGGAAAGCUACUCUUAGUGCCAUCUUGCUCUCAAUGUGCUGCUGGGCCAAAGCAUGUACCAGCCCAUACGGUUGCACUGACCAUCCCAGGAUACGAUCACUCCACAUCUCCUGGUGCUGUAGAAGUUGGACGGAGAUCUGCACACUAGCCAAGCAGCUAAUUCUUAUUUCCUUCGUAUUUAAGAACAUGCAUCAGUAAGAUUUGUGGUUAGUAGAAAUACUGUAUUUCAGCACACAGCAGAGGAUGCCUGUAGUAUAACCGGCUUACUAUCUCAUAUAGCAUAAAUAGUAGAUGUAACUUCUUACAAAUAUUGUUAGAUAGGGACAGUUUUCAGCAAGUAACUAUGUGCUGUAAAUAUACUGAUUGGUGCUGUUGUGGCUGAUUAAUAGUGGGUGUGCCCCCUAGUGGCUUUAGUACAUUAUUCUGACUCGUGGAGUGGAUGCACUUCCUCUGCUGCCUCUUCUAUAAUGUUGAGAUUACCAAGGUUUUGUAAAUCGAUUCUUUCUCCUUCUGAAGCAGCCUGCCCCGCGCUUGCCAGCCACAUUCCAGUUACAGAGCCUCCCUUUGUCAAAUGGGUGGCUUGCUGGAAAGGUGAAGGCAUCUGGUUUUGAAUACCUUGGGAAUUGGCAAUUUUGGGAGUGGAAAUGCACAAAUAGGGUUUUAUUAAAGUGUGGAAUGAAUACCCUGGGCUCUGGGGUGUCUGUACCAGCUCUCCUUUAGGCAGGAUGCAGUUUGUCACUGCUCUCCUAGCAGUUGGGUAAGCAGAGCUCCCUCUCAUGUAUUCUUCUGUCAUCAGAGCAGGGCGUUCAAGCAGUUACUCCCCCUUACCUCUCAGUUAAAAGGCAGACAACAUGCAAACAGUUAAUGCCAUAUGAGAACAUGUAUUGUAGAGUUUUUAGGUCUUUAAAAAUAAAUAAGCUCCAUGGAGAUCCUGAUCUGGGGUAUGUAGGCCCCAAUUCAGCAAGAGGCUUCAACACGUGAGCCUGUGACUAGUCCCACUGAUUUUCAUGGGCUUAUUCAUGUUCUAAAACUUCAGCACAUUGGUUAUAGUACUGCUGUCCACUACAGAAAAAACAGUAGAAAUGACAUACGCCAAACUAUAUUUUGUUAUUUUUCUCCAUUGUAUGAAGCUGAUUGUAGCUGAGCAAAAUCAGUUCUAUAAUAAAUGGAACUCUACACUUGGUGAGACAAAUAGGAAAGAACAUAAAUGUUGUCAUGUAGAAUGGCGAUGAAAAAGCAAUCAACAAAGUAGCCAAAGAGGCAGAAAAUAAAUUCUUUAGCUAGAGCACUAGCACUGGGUGGAAGUCCCUCUGGGUCUGCUGGCCUCCAGCAAGGAAAAGCUAUUCAAAUAGUUUCUUUGCAUAGCCAAUGAGGAGGAAAUACCCACUAGAUAGUUAUUCUUUUGGGGUUGUGGAGGGAAGGCACUGUGUCUGAAUUGAAAAAAGAAAUUGCAGAACUACUUGAGAAAUUAAAUUCCUAUGGGCAUAUUGUAUUCAUGCAGGAGGUCUGGUGGAAAGAAAAAACUAAGGUCACUUUAAAAAAAAGAAAAAAAAAAGUGCCAUGCAGUGUAAUGUAUGCUUAAAACCAAUUACUACACCAGGAGUACUAAUGAUCUAUUCCAGUAUGGCAAUUCCUGUUUUCCUAAGCAGCUGAGAGAUGAACAGAUGAAGGGUGUGUGUGUGUGUGGGGGGGGGGGAUAUUAAAGUAAAAAUAACAGAUCUGUGAUCUAGCUCUUCAUUCUUCCAGUACAUCAGUCAUAUGGCCUUGAAGAUGUACAUGCGUUGGAAUGUGUGGAGAACUGUCUUGUCCUUAUAAAUCUAAUAUAAAGGAUGUGUGACCACAAAGGUGUAUUAUCCCACAGAGUUACCUCAAGAGAGGAGCCAGUAAAGCAUUCUAAUAUCUCAGAAUGCAUCAAAUGUUAAACAUAUUUUGCAAUAUAAACAAGACUUCUGAGCUUUGGGAGUUAGUCUCUAGUCUGAUGACUUUGUGGUGUUAGGUUGUGUAAAAAGUCUGCAGGUUGAAGGUGAGCAACAGUGCUCUUGCCUAAAAGGUAAAGAUUGUGACAGGGGAGAGGAUAUGGGUGCUAUUGCCCUUGUUCAAGAAGGAUGAAUUCAGACUGGAGUAGGUGCACAGAAGGGCUACUAGGAUAAUCAGGGGAAUGGAGAGCCUGUCUUAGACGAGGAGACUAACAGCACAUCUUCACUACGGACCUAAAUCAGCGCUGCUGCAAUUGACGCAGCGGCAUCAAUUUAGCGGGUCUGGUGAAGACGUGUUAAAUCGAUGGGAGAGUGGUCUUCCAUUGAUUUCUGUGCUUCACCUCACCAAGAAGCGUAAGGUAAGUUGGCGGGAGACCAUUUCCCGUCGACACAGCGCGGUAUAGAUACCGCAGUAUGUGGAUCUAGCUACGUCGACUUCAGUUACAUUAUUCACAUAACUGAAGUAUCAUAGCUUAGAUUGAUUUACCACGGUAGUGCAGACCAAGCCUAAAAGAGCCUGGUUUGUUUAGCAUAGCAAAAGGCAUGCUGAGAGGAGAUCUAAUUGCUCUCUAUAAACACUUUAGAGGUAAACACCAGGGAGAGAGAAAAGCUGUUUAAGCUAAAGGACAGUGUUGACACAAGAAAAAAUGGGGAUGAACUAGCCAUGAAUCAGUUUAGGCUGGAAAUUAGAAGAAAGUUUCCUACCAUUAGAGGAGGGAGGUUCUGGAGCAACGUCACAAUAGCAGCAGUGGGGCAAACAACCUAACUACUUUUAAGAUGGACCUUGAUAAGGUUAUAAACAAGAUGAUCUCAUGGGGUUGCCUGUGAUAGCAUGGGACUGGACUCAGUGACCCAGGAGGUCUCUUCCAGUCCCAUGUUACAGAUGUAAUUAGCUCUCCAAUUUUAAGGCAAUUGGGCAAUAACUGACCUCACUGAGAAAAUACAGAGAUAUUAGAGCAGCUGAUUUCCUGUCUAUGGUCACGUCCCAACCUCCAUCCAAAGAGGUUGAAAGUAAUUCAUUCCGAACUCUGGUUUUGAUGCUCUCAUAACUGAGGCAUUAAAUUGCUGUGUUUCAGCUCAGCUGAAAGUGAAGUCACUCAGAAAGCUUCAACAAGAUGAUUUUAAGUGAGCCUUGGAGUGUGCACGUGUCCCUUUUAGACAAAUACUAGAUGCUGUUUUCAUUCUUAUGGCUGUGCAGGCCCAUUUUUCUUAAAAUGUUUUUUGCUCCCCCAGUUGUCAUGUGAAAGGAUCCUGCAGGGGUCCAAAACAAGUCAACAGAACCUUGUGGUCCAGGUUACACAAUGCUACUUAUGAUGUAAAAAUCAGUGUGGACAUCUUACCCUUGUCCAUCACUAGUGCGAACACAGAUAUGAACACAACCUCCAUCCCCUGCCCAAAUUGAAAAGCAGAGAAGUGGGGUCAAAAAAUCAAUAGAAUUCAGAUCUAGUUGGACUUGUCCUCAUUUCCAUCUUCUAAAAAGAAAGGAAGUUCUAGCAGUGAUAGCAAUUGCCAUAGUUGGUAGCUAAUAUCUAGAGAUGGUUUACUGAGCAGGUUUAUACUCUCAGCUUGUUCAGAGCUGCCCAUCAACCCCUCUAAAAGGAAGACAGCUAUAAGGAGAUUGUCAGAGUGUAAUCUAGUCAGGGUGAAAAAAUGAAUUAAAGGUAGUUUUGGGUGCCAUUCCUGCCAAUCUUUAUGACUUUCAAAUCAGUUUUCUAUAUCUUAAAAUGCUGUGCUUUGCUCCCUCCCCUCCCCCGUUGUGUGAAAGAGCCACACAAAUUGAUGGGAAAUGGACUCUACCCAAAGUGCUGGUAUGUGCUCAGAAUGCAGGUAAAGUACACAAACAGAGAAAUGUUUGUCUCUGAUGCUUCAAUGGCAGUAAUCUUAGAUAUUACUGGCUGUUUCCAGAGAGGGGUGAAUUUUUGUUUUAAAUUGAAGUUGUCCCUUUAGCAAUCCCCGUCAAUAGCUUGUCUGAUGUUCACUCCAGGAUUGUCCUUCAGUCAUUCUGUAAAAAGUUUGGUAUGAACUUUACAAGUUCUCCCCUGUGCCUUCACCAGCUGGGUGACUCUUAGGGGUGCAGCGUCAGUAGCGAGAGAGUAACUAUCUUGCCAGAAGAUAUGGGACAGAAUAGGAACUGAUUCUCCAUCCUGCUGAGGUCCCUUUACAACACUCUGGUGGCAUAAAAGGGGCAGAAUCAGACACUGGGAAGUAGUUCCCUCCAUAAGGGGGUGUCCCCACUAUUGCAGCCCUACUCCUCUCCACUCCAACAGGCUGUAGACAUAUGGGACGGUGUCAACUCCAGAAUAUGGGGAGUGCAAAGCUGGCUAAAACUACUUUCUCCCCCUCCCUCCCUCCCUCCCUCCCUGUUCCUGCACUCAGCUGUGAGGAAUGAGGGACUUAAUGCAUUCGCAUUUCUAGAUAUGCUGGAGUAGAAUGUGGCCUAAAUGGUUGAAGAAUUUUAAGAUGUUUACAUUAAAUUCCUUUGAGUGGUUUUUUUAAGUAUGUAUUAACUCUAGAAGCCUAAAGGCCAAUAUCACACACUAUCUUACAUUUUUAUACUUAUCAUCAUUUGUAAUAUUGUCAGAGCUUAAAAAUAAAAUGUCACAGCCAAGGCUAACACUACUAGCUUAGCAAAUUAAGCGCUUGUCUUUUAUUGGAGCUUGAAAUGCACCUAGUGUUCUUAUUUACUUCAUGGACUGUGUGUUGUACAAUGUGUGACGGCUACAGCUCUGGGAGUUGGAUUUGUAAACCUCAAGCCCCCUCUGCUAGGUACAUUUCUGUGUACUUCCUAUAUAAGCAAUGUCCAUUUCUCCAGCUGUAUGUUAAUGUUUUUAGUGCCUUGUGGCCACCAGUUUUCAAUAUGGUCAGACUUCAGGGCUGAUUAGGCUGAGAGUGGUCAAAACCACUUUGAACCAUACUGAAAUCUUUGAGAAAUGUAACUUUUCACAAAGGCCUUGGCCUGGAAACGGCAUGACCCUUCAUAUCUUAGUUCCUCUCUGCUUAUCCACUGGCUCAUCCCCCUGUCACCCACCCCCUUCACUCUGGCAACAGUGGCAGCUUCUUUCACCCACUUCUCCCACAAGGCCAUUCACACCUCUUCCAUGCUGCCCUUGGUGUAUAGAAUGCUCAGCUCAAAUCAAUUCACAGCCACUACCAGCUCCUGCACAUCCCUGCAUAAGCGCUCCCUGUUCUGUCGCACCCAGGGUAACCUGCUUACAGAUAAUGGCUGGACACUUGGAAACCUCCAGAUGGUGCACUUAGUUAGAACUACAGGCAGCUCUUUGUGUUCCUGUUACUGUAAUCCUUGCUUUCCUCACCUUCCCCUGAUGUGUUCUACACCCCUUGCUGUAUCUUGUCCCUCUCUAGACUGUAAGUUCCUUGGAACAGAGACUGUUUAUAAUUGUACAUCUGUACAGUGCCUAGCACAAUGGGACCCUGCCUGGAUUGAGGUCUGGGUCUUACUGAACUACAUAAAUAAUGACGCAUGCAGCCCUUUUGCCAGCUGAUGUCCCAAAUUACAUAAUUUAGCAAAACUGUCGUCUUCAUCCAAUAUGCCACUAGAUUUCUGUGCUAGAACAGAAUUUGAAAUGUUCUCAUUUGAAACGUAUUGUCACAGCUCACUUAACUGCAAGAGUUCUUGUCUGUCAGACCAUCCGUGCAAGGAAUUAGUUACCCAAGUGUUUAAAUAAAGUGGAUUAUUUGCUGUGGUGUAUAGCUCUUGUGUAUAUUAUUGUGCACUUAUUUUGAGAGUGGAGAGCUCUCGUCCCCUCUCCAGGCCUGCAGAGAAAUGUAGGCAGCACUUAGCCCUCAGCACAGUGAUUUAUAGCAAUAUAGUCAAUCUGAAUGUAGUGACCUCAGGUUGUAUUUUUCAGCUUUUCUCUGGUUUUCAGUCUUCCAGUGAGUUCUAAUAAGGUGGGAAUGUGUAUUCAUGCAUAUCUGUGACAUAUAUUUUUCUGUGUAUUGUGACAACUACAGUGGAAUCAAAGAUGCCUGGUUUAGAUUAAAGGAUUUAUUAUUCCAACUCA